GACCAGGAACCUUCGUUCACAGAUGUUGAGGUUGUAAAUUGUAAUUACUAGACAAAAAAUGAAUUUAAUUUAUAUUUAUGUUCUAUAUAAUUCAUAUUGCCAAAAAUGUUAAAAAGUUUACAAGAGACAAAAAGCAGAAGAGAAAGAGGUUGGUGAUAGAAGCCAAAAUCAACUCUCCUUUUCUUUCUUCCUAAAAGCAGCAGAUACAGUUUCUUGAGCUUGUUGCAAGUGAAGAGAUGUUCAGAUCCAAGUCAUGCAGAGAAGAGAUCACAGGAAGAAGAAGCAGCAUCACCAACAAGUACCAUUGCUUAACUAGUAAUGGAGAAGCAGCACCAAGUCCAACAAACCAGCUCCCACCAGUGAUGAUGAGAUCUUACAGCGUAUCAACUUAUAGUCCAUACAAGAAUCCAACGACGGUGAGAGACAGAGACAGUCCCAACAGUAAAUCGAAGAGAAGAACUAGUAAGGCGAAGAAAGGGUACAAGGGUUUGUGUGAGGCAGAGAUUCAGAGGAAGAAGAGAGUGGCUGGUUAUAAUGUGUAUGGUGUUGAAGGGAAAGUGAAGGGGUCUAUGAAAAAGAGCUUCAAAUGGUUCAAGGAGACUUGUUCAAAUGCUGUCUAUGGUUUGUGGUGAUAAGGUAAUCACGUACGAUAUCUGAUUUCAGGAACUUAUCUUAAUCACGCAAUAAUCAUGUUCAAAAAAGAGCGAGAGACACAAGGCAAGCAAGUGGUAGGUUCAUUGUUUAAGUUGUAAACCGAAGGGCAAAUACUUAAUAAAUCUCUGUGUUGUCUUUUUCUUUUCAUCAGGUCUUACCUCUUUCAUGAUUCAACUACAAAAUCUUCUCAACCUCUCUUCUAUUGUCUCUUUCUCCUCGUUUUUCAGCCAAAUAUUGCUGUUAGUAACUGGAUGUUAUGGUUGUUUGUAACAAUAAAAUAUUUAGGCUGAAUCAUAUAAGCCAUGAUAAAUUGGUAGUUACCAUGAUUUAAGGAUUUUAAUUGCGUUCACAAUGUAACAUGCAACUCUCAGGCCCUCUCAGGAUGGAACUUGACAAGACAUAAGAAAUUUCUGUAAGGGAAAACAGUACAAUUAUUGCUUACGUACAUCUUUCACUAUUUACCCACAGAAUGACCAUUUACCCUCACAAUAUGAUGUCACACGAGAAGACGAAAAUAUAAGAAAAACCCCUUCUUUCUUUUGCGCCUUUUUUUGCGACGACACUUCAAAUCUCUUUGAGACACAAAAAAUAAUUUUAACUUUGCAAUACCAAACGACACAAAUACAAA